UGGAAAUUGUGAUUUGUAGAAGAUCAUGAUGCAUUUUUUAAACUAUUUAUUUGUUAUUUUAGUGUUUGCAGUAAAUUUGCUUAAUGCUAAAAAUAUUCUUCAAACUGAGAAGACUUUGCUUGUGAAAAAUGAAGCCGAAGUUUCACAAAAAUCGUCACAAGGUUUUUCUAAUAUUGGAAAGAAAGACGCAGAUUUCGAAGAUCAUACUAUUUUUUAUGGUUUGAACAGAGGAUUUACAAUAAACGCAAAAAACCGAGGUUCAAUUUCCAAAAAUCAACAAAACCGUGGUUGGAAUUUGGAUUUAUUAAAUCAAGUUGACACUUUAUUGACAGAUAGUGCCAAAGAAAAUUCGUUCACCCAAAAUAAAAACCCGGCAGCAGCUUUGGCUUCAAUGCUUAGUAAAUAUGAUUCAAAUAAAUAAUAUUGAUAAAAGCAAGAAUUAUUUGGUUUUUCAUAUAUUUAUGAAUUACUUAUUGUAUGAAGUAGAAAUAGUCCAGUCAUUAUAGUAAGUUCACCUCGGAAUUCAAGAUACCCAGCUGUAAGUCUGUAAAUACUUGUCUAUUAACACCAUAAAGUUGUCUCAAAACCUACAUAUGGUAUUGACACCCUACCACAUUAGGUUAUGGGACAACUUUAGUGUUUCAUUAUACAAGUAUUUACAGACUUACAGCUGGUUAUCUCGAAUUCCGAGAUUCUUACCUAAUUUAGGCUUAAAUGACUGGUCUAAAAUGAAUCUCUAAAUGUUCUUGGACAACUAUUUGAUGG